GCUCCUGAUUGGGGCGGCAACACAGAAUAUGGUGCUUGUACUGCCGGAAAGACGCAAAGAAGAAGAAGCGAAACGAGCACACUACUGUAAACAAGCUGCGUGAAGGCGGAAGAGACAUGUCACGAUGAGGUGGAAGGAUUCACUCAAACUUUAAUACGACAAGAUAAUUUUAAGGCUUCAUCCCAGAUCGUACCAAUGCAGGGAACAUGAAGCUUCGAAAACGCUGGCUGUCACACAGAUGUGUGUGUUUAGCGGUGGGAUUUUUAGGUCUGCUACGUCUGGUCUCUCGGCCUGCGAAGGAAACACUCAAACCUCUGGACUUUCAUGUCAGCCCUGAGUAUAGAAAGCUGGUGCAUCAGCAUGUGCAUGAAGUUCUGGGGCGUAAAUGUCACCCUGGAAGCACCAGAAAGAGUUUUUUGGAUCAACUACCUGCUUCCAGUCGCACAACUCAACCUUUCCUGUGGAAGGACAUGCCAACUCACAAAGACCUCUUCCUGUAUCCUCCUCCCUUUGGGUUCAGAGGUCUUCAGGGAAAAGUAUCUGCUUUGCUUCAGCAGCUGCCAGACCCCAAACUGGUACCGCCACUAAAAAAGACCACUGAUGAAUGCCGGCGCUGUGUUGUCAUAGGAAAUGGAGGUAUUUUAAAAGGCCUGGAGCUGGGUACUCUCCUUGAUCGCUUUGACACCAUCAUACGGUUAAACAGCGGCCCUCUUGGAAAGUUCAGUGUUGACGUUGGGAAUCGAACAAGCAUCAGAAUGAGUUAUCCAGAGAGUACGCCGCCUCACUGGCUUGACAAUGACCCAGAAACUCUGUUUGUAGCUGUAGUAUAUAAGGGUGUAGAUAUCAGCUGGAUCUCUGCGAUGAUCAACAAGCUCCCUGUGCCUUUCUUGGAUUGGCUGUUUUUCUGGCAAAAUGUUCCUGAUGAAAUCCCCCUCGAACGCAACAGGAUCAGACUCUUAAAUCCACUUGUCAUCAAAGAGACUGCGUUGGAUCUACUACAUUUUUCUCCCCCUACAACUCGUCUGUGGGGCUGGGACAAGAAUGUACCCACCCUUGGUGUGACCGCGCUGGAUUUGGCUAGUUUGCUGUGUGACGAGGUAAGCUUGGCGGGCUUUGGCUACAACCUGGCCCAACACGAGGCGCCACUGCACUACUAUGACCAAAUGACCAUGAGUGCCAUGCUGUGGCAGAAGAUGCACAAUGUUAGUCGGGAGACCCAAAUCCUCAAAAGCCUUAUCACAGAGGGAAUCAUCACUGACCUGACGGGAGGUAUUCACUGCUCCUUCUGCCCCCAAUAAGAUAACCAUGUACACUUUCUCAUCAUGGGGUUUUCUCAUCAAGGACAAAGUGACAUUGCAUUGUGGGAAUGUUCCAACAAGGUAAAGCUUUUACUGAAAUAUUUUGUGCAUUUUAUAAACAUAUGACCAAUAUUAAAGUCACCAAUUGUAUUUUUGGUAACAAAACACUGCUAUGUAUAUGUAUGUAUACAGUUGCAAGAAAAAAGUAUGUGAACCCUUCGGGAUUACUGGGAUUUCUGCAUGAAUUGGUGAUAAAAUAUCUUCUGCUCUUCAUCAAAGUCACAACAAGAGACAGUCGUUUUCCACCCUGCACUGUGGAUGUUCACAUGUUGUGUUCAAUAAAAAGAUGAAAACGUAUAUUUUUUUGUGCGGUAUUAGUUUAAGCAGACUAUUGUUGUGGCUUUGUUGAAUAUCAUAACACGUUUUAUGACCAAUUUAUGCAGAACUUCAAGUAAUCAACCCGAGGGUCCCUGGUUCAAUCCCCACCGAGUACCAACCUUGUCACGUCCGUUGUGUCCUGAGCAAGACACUUCACCCUUGCUCCUGAUGGGUGCUGGUUAGCGCCUUGCAUGGCAGCUCCCUCCAUCAGUGUGUGAAUGUGUGUGUGAAUGGGUAAAUGUGAAAGUAGUGUCAAAGCGCUUUGAGUACCUUGAAGGUAGAAAAGCGCUAUACAAGUACAACCCAUUUAUCAUUUAUUUAUUUAUUUAUAAUCCCAAAGGGUUUACAUACUUUUUCUUGCAACUAUAUAUGCUGUAUUUGUACACAUGAAUACAUUCCUUCACUAAAUAUUAUCUUGGCUCUCUGUAGUCCAUUAGCAAUCAGAGCGAAACACUAUUUUUUAUUUUUUAGAAAUAAUGAAUUAUGGAUUGUAAUGCAUGUAAGCGAAGACUGUUUUAUUUGUAAGAAAUAGGGGUUGAUCGAUCAGAAAAUUAUAUCUACAAGAGUAACAAAACAGAAUAGGAAGAUUUUUGAAUGAUAUUUCAAACUUAGACACAUUCUUAAGUUAAGAGCAUUGCUGUUUUUAAUACUCCUCAAAUGUUUGAAACAAUCCACAAAUGUACUUGUUAACAGGAAUACUUAAUGUUGUGUUUAUCAAUCCAAACAUGAUCAAACAUAACUGUUUUUUGUUUAAAUAUGCAUUUUUUUUUUAUUUAGGGCAGAACCAACCAGGCUGCCCUAAAUAAAUAAAAAACUUCAUAUUUAAAGGUUAGUGCAUGUGCCUCACAAUACAAGGGUCCGGAGUAGUCCUGAGUUCAAUCCCGGGCCCUGGAUCUUUCUUUGUGGAGUUUACAUGUUUUCCCCGUGAGUGCGUGGGUUCCCUCUGGGUACUACGGCUUCCUCCCACCUCCAAAGACAUGCAGUUGGGGAUAGGUUGAGUGGCAACACUAAAUUGGCCCUAGUGUGUGAGUGUGAGUGUUGUCUGUCUCUCUGUGUUGGGUGUACCCCGCCUUCCACCCGAAUGCAGCUGAGAUAUGCUCCAGCACCCCCCGCGACCCCAAAAAAGGGACAAUCGGUUGAAGAUGGAUGGAUUCUCUGACAUGCCCUGAUAAUGAUGUGUUGAAAAAGCCUUAAAUACAAAUUGCACAUGUUUUUACACUGGGUGGUUCUUCUUGACCUAAAUAAAUACAUUGAUCCAUGCAAGAUGGGAAUGAACUUG